CUAUACCAUAUGGGUAUUGUCCUUUUGUCAUUGUAAACAAGUGGUCAUUAAAGAAACUGCCCUCAUUAGAAAAUCCAGAUAAGUUUUGGUAGAUAUGAGCAUCUGCUUACUUUGCAAUACCACAAACAAGUCCCAGUUUCAGGCUUCAGCAUGCUUAACAACAUAAGGGAGGUUGUCUUUUAGAGCCAGAUGACUCGGUGUUCAUUUCUCUUUAAAUAUUAUCCUUUUUUUGACAAUGUUAUUUUGACAGCUUAGUUUUUGAUCAACUUAAGUAGCUGCUCUUGGAUUCUCUCUCAGAGUAUAGCAUGAAGCUGGCAAAAUGAAACGCACAGCUUUGAUGUAUAUAGAAAUUGGCUGUUUUUUGAGUUGCACUAGUGGAUGGAUCUUAAUCUGUUCUACUCUACCUACUGAAUAUUGGAAUUUCUCUGAGGUAGGCGAUGCUGUACUUACCACGGUCAACUACUACUCCAACCUGUGGAUGAACUGUGUAUCUGACACCACUGGUGUUUCUGAUUGCAAGUACUAUCCUUCCUUGAUGGCCCUUCCAGUUUUCAUGCAUAUCUGCCGUGCCCUGGCCAUUGUCUCUGUAAUUCUGGGAUUCUGGGGGGCUGUACUUACCUUGAUUGGAAUGAAGUGCACCAAGAUUGGGGGUUCUGAACUUGUUAAUGCAAGAAUAACAUUAGCAGCGGCCCUUACUAAUAUGGCAUCAGGACUCAGUGGUAUGGCAGUCUACUCAUUGUGGGGAAACAGAAUGCGGAUGCAGUUUAUUGAUGCAAAUUUUAAACCACAGAAAUUUGAACUUGGUGCAGCAUUAUUUAUAGGAUGGGGAGGUUCCAGUUUGCUUAUAUGUGGAAGUGCAGUUUUGUGUUAUUUCUCGGGGAAAGAGGGAUUCAACUCAGGGUCAAGAGACACACUGCUUCGGGAAGAUGCUUACACAAGAGCCCGAUCAAGAGCGACAUAUGUGACCGCUCGAACCAGAGGGACCUAUAUGUUGCCUGACUACUCCAAGCCCAAUACAGCAGCAUACAUGCCCCCUUUAUUCAGUUCAUCCAGAAACAGCAGGGGAUACAAAAGGCAACAAAGGGUCUACACAUCCCGCAGGACAGCAACUGCCGUGCCACUCAACAUGGAUUCCUAUGUAUAAAAGCCCAUGUUUCAGAAACAACCUACUGAGUGGAAUUAGUUUGGGUGCUUAAAGUGCUCAUG